GUUCUUGCCUGGAGGUAUUGGUGAUCCACUGCUAACAAACACGGAAGCCCGUUAAGCGAAAGCUUCUUUUAUUCCGUCCUCAACCAUUUGCACCAUUUGUGAAGAGCGCCUAAUACAAAAGUUCCGCCACCGUCAGCAUAAUGUCUGAAUUCGACUUGACAAAGAAGAUUAGUGGUUUUCUAGAUAAACACUUGACUUUACCGCUGCUGGAAUACAUAUCUGUAAAAAAUAUAUAUGAUGAAAAAAGCAUUCUGAAGACUAAAUGGGAAGUUCUUUUGGAGACUUCUAUGGUUGAUUAUGCCGCAGAUACUUAUAGAAGUAUAUACGACACAAAUCCUCCAAAAGGCUUACUUGACAAGAGAGAAAAAGUCUUAGAGAGUAUUCAAGACACAGAGGUUAAGUUGAAACCAGUGAAGGUAAUAUUUAGUCAAGAAACAAUGAAGGAAGUUGCCCAAUGUAAAAACGCCAAAGAUCUACUGGCUAGUCUGGAAACCAAAUACAAUUUCAAGACAGAGAUGCUUAAUGACAUGUUUGAUGCUGCACGCGUAUUUUAUGAUGCUGGAAAUUACAACUUAGCAUCUGAAUACCUAAAAAUAGUCCGUCAGCUUGUAACCCCUGGGACACAAAGACAUUUGGAUGCUAGUUGGGGCCGCCUAGCCAGUGAAAUUUUAGUCCAAAACUGGGAUGAAGCAUUGGAAGAUUUAGAAAAGUUGAAGGAUGCUAUAGAUUGUCAAAACGAAGAUAGACCUGCAUCUCGUACAUACCUGAUACAACUACAACAACGUACAUGGAUGUUGCAUUGGUCACUUUUUGUUUUUUUCAAUCAUCCACAAGGCAAAGAAAAGUUAAUUGAAUGGUUUAUGCAAAAUACAACACAUUUGAACGCUAUUCAAACGUUAGCGCCACAUUUAUUGCGUUACCUCACUGUGUGCGUAAUCACUAGUACUGAUAAGAAGAAAAAGAAUCUUAUACGAGAUUUAAAAUAUCUUAUUCAACAGGAAAGUUAUUCUUAUCGUGAUCCAGUUACUGAAUUCUUUGAAUGUUUAUUUGUGAAAUUCGAUUUCGAUGGAGCUCAACAAAAACUUCGAAUUUGUGAAACUGUUUUACCGAAUGAUUUCUUUUUAACUGGAUGUUAUGAUGAAUUUAUGGAGAAUGCUCGUUUACUUAUGUUUGAAUCAUUUUGUCGAAUACAUCAUAGUGUUGGAAUAAGUGUACUUGCUGAAAAGUUGAAUAUGGAUGUGGAUGAUGCAGAAAAAUGGAUUGUAAAUUUAAUACGCAACGCUCGUAUGGAUGCGAAGAUAGAUUCACAAAAGGAAUUAUUUAAUGAGUGAAGAGUAGGAUUCUUCUCGUUACUCUUCAUAAUAUGAUGCGCUAUGUUAAGUCUUAUUAAAACCUUCAACUACACGAUGAAAUGACAUGUAAAAGUCGGCACUCAAAUGACAAGAUUUUCUUUUAACGAAAAUAUACGGGAUGGAUUACAAACCUCCAUUCGUUACUGUUACAGUAAGACAACUGCUCAACUAAUACAACAACAUUAAAAGUAACUGUCACAAGCAUUAAGAAGAUGCAAUUAAAAUAACAGAUAUAUUUAAUGCUACCAGUUUACGUGAUUAGUAAUACUACUGAACAACAGGUAAUAAUGGUAUUCUCUCAAAAGUUAUUAGAAUUAAAGCUGAUUACUGGAUAUUAGUAAGUAGCAUAAUAUAAUAUACAAAAGAGAAUCAGUAAACAAAAGAAUGCAAAUGAAGUCCAUAUAAACUAUAUAUUCAAUUUUAUCCGAAUGAAUGGAGUUGUUCAACAGUACUGGGUUAUAGCUGUAAAACGUAUCACUUUGAUUUGGGUAAGAUAACGGAAAUGUAGCGUAUAAGCGACUAUUAAAUAUUCAUCUCUGAAUUUACACUUUAUACUAUCACGUCAUGAAAUGUAAAUUAAACAAUCUUUAAGAAAUGUUCAUAUUCCUACUGCCUAUUAUUUUGAAUCUUCUAUUUGGGAGUCAAUAAUAUUGAUCUUCCGACUCGAUGAUAUGCCAAUGCUUAUCGGGGCGCGCAAAAUCCCUUCUUGAGAUAGUGGGGAUUUGUAUCUCAGAAGGGUUUCUGAGCUGGAUGGUUUGGUCG